GCUAAAAACAGGCUAACAGGCAACUUAGCAGUGACCAUGGAUGCGAGUCGGUUGACGCCGGGACGGCGACGCGGUGUCACCGGACAACGAUAACAUCUGUCCACGUUGGCGACCCUCUCUUCUCCUCACUAUCUGUCUAGUUUAAACUUUUCGUGAGCACUCAGUCGGGUUAUCUUUGCGACUUUUGCCCUCUUUAUCCCGCUGUGUCUCAUGCUAAGCGGUUAGCCUGUUAGCUCAUUAGCUUGUUAUAAAGCGGCACGUUUGAGGCUAACUGACUGACUGGACCGGACAACAGCGGUGAUGUGCGAUGGCUUCGGUUCGGGUGGCUGUGCGGGUCCGACCCAUGAACAGGCGAGAGAAGGAUUUGGCUGCAAAAUGCAUCAUCAAGAUGGAAGGAACCAAAACCUCCAUCACCAACCUGAAGAUCCCUGAUGGCAUCGCAGGAGAUUCGAUGAGGGAUCGAACUAAAACAUUCACGUAUGACUUCUCCUACGACUCCAUGGACUGUAAGAGCUCCACAUUUGUUUCCCAGGAAAAGGUUUUCAAAGAUCUGGGCUCAGAUGUGCUGAAGGCGGCGUUUGAGGGAUACAACGCCUGCGUCUUCGCCUACGGUCAGACCGGCUCGGGGAAGUCCUACACCAUGAUGGGAAAUCCAGGAGAUGCAGGUCUGAUCCCGAGGUUCUGUGAAGGUUUGUUCAGCCGUAUCGCUACGUCGAGUCGAUGGGACGAAGCUUCAUUUCGUACAGAAGUCAGCUACCUGGAGAUCUACAACGAGAGGGUGAGGGACCUGCUGAGGAGGAAAUCCACUCAGACCUACAACCUGAGAGUCAGGGAGCAUCCAAAGGACGGACCGUAUGUAGAAGAUCUGUCCAAACACCUGGUGCAGAACUACAGUGACGUGGAGGAGCUGAUGGAGGCCGGAAACAUCAACCGCACCACCGCCAGCACCGACAUGAACGACGUCAGCAGCCGCUCUCACGCCAUCUUCACCAUCAACUUCACACAGGCUAAGUUCGAUGCAGAGAUGCCCAGUGAGACGGUCAGUAAGAUCCACCUGGUCGAUCUGGCCGGCAGCGAGCGAGCUGACGCCACCGGCGCGACGGGCGUCCGCCUGAAAGAAGGAGGGAACAUUAACAAGUCGCUCGUCACCCUGGGCAACGUCAUCUCUUCUCUUGCCGACAUGUCGCAGGACGGAGUGAACACCAACCUGAAGAAGAAGUCCGGGUUCGUGCCCUACAGAGACUCCGUGCUGACGUGGCUGCUGAAAGACAGCCUGGGUGGCAACUCCAAGACCAUCAUGAUCGCCACUGUUUCCCCCGCCGACGUGAACUACGGCGAGACGCUCAGCACUCUGCGAUACGCUAACCGAGCCAAGAACAUCAUCAACAAACCCACCAUCAACGAGGACGGCAACGUCAGGCUGAUCAGAGAACUGCGGGCUGAGAUCGCCCGACUGAAAGCUCUGCUGGUUCAGGGCAACCAGAUUGCUCUCCUGGAUUCGCCCACUGCUCUGAGUAUGGAGGAGAAACUGCACCAGAAUGAAGCCAGAGUCCUGGAGCUGACUAAAGAGUGGACCAACAAAUGGAACGAGACGCAGAAUAUUCUCAAGGAGGAGACUCUAGCUCUGAGGAAAGAGGGCAUCGGUGUGGUGUUGGACUCUGAGCUGCCUCACCUCAUCGGCAUCGACGACGACCUCCUCAGUACCGGCAUCAUCCUGUACCAUUUAAAGGAGGGACGGACAUACGUGGGCAGAGAGGAUGCGUCCACCGAGCAGGACAUCACCCUGCACGGUCUGGACCUGGAGAGUGAACACUGUAUGUUUGAGAGCCAGAACGGUACAGUGACUCUGGUGCCGCUCGGCGGGGCUCAGUGUUCAGUUAAUGGAGUUCAGGUGACGGAGCCGUCGCAGCUCAACCAAGGUGCUGUUAUUCUGCUCGGCAGGACGAACAUGUUUCGGUUCAACCAUCCAAAGGAGGCGGCCAGGCUGAGGGAGAAACGGAAGAGUGGCCUGCUCUCCACAUUCAGCCUCUCUAUGACGGAUCUGUCCAAGUCCUGUGAAAACCUGUCCACUGUGAUGCUCUACAACCCCGGGUUGGAGUUUGAGAGACAGCAGCGAGAAGAGCUGGAGAAACUGGAGCUGAAAAGGAGGCUGAUAAAGGAGAUGGAGGCGAAGCACCAGAGUGAGAAGGCAGAGCUGGAGCGCCUGCAGCAGGAGGUGGAGAGUCAGCGUAAGGAGUCUGAGGAGGUGCAGCAGCGGAUCUUGCGGCAGGAGGAGAGCCUCCGCCACCGCAGCCAGGACAUCGAGAGCCGCCUUCGAGACUUCCUGGCCGAGAAGGAGCGCUUUGAGGAGGAAAGGCGCUCGGAGAUCCAGGGGGAGGACCUCCAGCAGCGGAAACGGCUGCAGGAGAGUGAAGCAGAGGAAGUGCAGGACGAGGAGCAGCGGCGGCAGCAUGAGGCGGCAGAGAAGACGGAGAUCUACCGCGAGCUGGAGAGGCUGAAGAGGGAGCGCGAGGAGCAGAGGGUUCGUCUGGAGACUGAGCGGCGGCGGCUGGAGGAGCAGGAGAGGGAGCAGCUGAGCCUGGUGGGGAGGCUGGAGGAACAGCUGAGAGAGAAACACGAGGCGGCCACCACCCUCCUGAUCCGGGAGGACGCCCGCCGCAUGGAGGAGGAACGCCGAGCCCUGGCUGAGAUCAGAGAAGCUCUCCUCCGUGCCAAAGAGGCUGGGGAGCGACCAGAUGUGGAGGAUGCCAGGGAGGAGGCGAGAUCUGCCCAGGCCCGAUACACAGACUUCAAGGAGGCUCAGGUGAAGGAGUUGGGCCAGCUGGAGGAGGGGCUCCGGCAGCAGAGGGAGCACCUGGAGAAAGAGGUCGCUGCUGAGCGUAACACACUGCUGCUCCUCGGCCACGGCCUCAAAGAACGGCAACAACAGCUGAAGGAGGCGCAGGAGAAGGGGGCGCAGGACGCUACAGCUGUGUGCCACGAGGAACUGCUGGUCAAACAGGUGGAGCACAGACUGCAGUGUAAAGAGCGCCAGCUGGCAAACGUGACCGGCGGCCUCCUCCCGGCGCUGGCCGAAGAGAAGCAGAGAGCCAUGGAGAUGCUGGAGCGCAGCGGCGGAGGAAGCAACGGGAACUGCGACAGCCCGCCGGGGCUCGACAACACGCUGUACCAGGUGGAGAAGGAGCUGGAGGACAAAGAGGAGAAACUGAACGUCCACUGGCACAGCGCUCAGCAGCUCCAGCAGCUCCAGGAGACCUACGAGUUCACGGCCAACGUGGCGCGGCAGGAGGAGAAGGUGAGGAGGAAGGAGAAGGAGAUCCUGGAGUCGAAGGAGAAGCAGCAGAGGGAGGCGAUGGAGCAGGCCGUGGCCCGGCUGGAGAGGAGGCACUCGGCCCUGAGGCGCAGCGUCUCCCUGGAGCCCGACACAGAGGAGCAGAAACACAAGAGCUCGGCCAUCAGGAACCUGAGGACGGGGGCCGACCUGGACCAGCAGAGAGUGGAGCGGGAGAUCCAGAAGCUGAGACAGAGGAUCAGUGAAGGGGAAGAAAACAACAGGACUCACUCCACCAGUAUGGAUGAGAAGACGAGUCACAACAGUUCCCCGGUCAGCCACAUCCAGAGUCUGAACACCCUGCUGCCGCUGUCAGAGGACAGGAUAAACGCGUACAUUGAGGAGGAAGUCCAGCGACGGUUACGCAAGAUGAAUCUUCUGAACGGCAGCAGCAGCAACAUGGACCUGUCUCUGUCCUGUGAAUCGCUCAAGGAGGAGGAAGAUGUUAGCGACUCUAGCUCUGUUAGAUUAACAGAUGAGGAUGAUGAAAAGCUGCAAAACAUUAACCCAAGGAGGCUUAAAUAUGAGCACCUGGUCUCUCGUCCUCUCGCGACGAGCGCCGAUGGCUUCCAGGAGCCCGUUAAAGUUAGCAUUCCUCGUUACUUUCUCCGCGGGCAGGGGAAGGAUGAGCACUUUGAGUUUGAGGUGAAGAUCACCGUGAUGGACGAGAUGUGGACGGUGUUCAGACGUUACAGCCGCUUCCGGGAAAUGCACAAGAGCCUCAAAUUAAAAUAUCCGCAGCUGGCCGCUCUCGAGUUCCCUCCCAAGAAACUGUUUGGAAACCGAGACGAGCGGAUGGUCGCUGAGCGUCGGAAUCACCUGGAGCGUUAUCUGAGGAACUUGUUCCGGGUGAUGCUCUUGUCCUCCGGCUCUCCUCUCAGAACUGACGCAGAUGGCGGUUUCCAUCUCACCAAACACGCCAUCUGCGAGUUCUCGCCGUUCUUCAAGAAGGGCGUCUUUGAGUACAGCAGCCACGGCACCGGCUGAUCUAACUGUGAAGCCUCGGAAAUCUUCUCCAAGUCAGAACAAAACAAACAAACUGCUCGGUGCCUUUUUGUUUCUUGGGAGAAUCACCUCAGAAGGUCAAAGAAGGAAAAACUUGCAGGUCAGUUUCCUCUCCAUCCUCCCGUCAUCCUGCGGGACGAAGAUCUCCAAGCUGCCACGUGCUGUCCAACUCUUAGUGGAAACUUUAUCAUGAACGUUAAAAUAGGAAACGUUUCAUUUCUGCAUUAUAUAUCCAGCCACAAUUAAUGAUGCAACUUUGUUACGAACAAGAGAUUCUGUUGACCGUACAAACACUUUAUUUCACACAAACGGCUAUAUAUUAAAUAUAUUUACAUGCUGCUUUGAUAUUUACGGCAACUCCCUCGUGUAGUGACAAAAAGUAGAAGAAAACACUAACGCUGUCGGGAAAGUCCCCGAGCAGCUCAGUGGAGAUUUAUCCUGAAGAACCACUGCUUUCAUCUACUGCUGAAACAAUUAGUUGAAUAACUAAAUGGUCAAUCAGGAGAAAAAAGUAACUUAUUAAAGGUACCUGAUAAUUAAUUGUUUAAGUAAUUUACGUGCACUUGUUUCAGCCUCUUAAAUGUGAGGAUUUGUUAUUUUUCUGUGUUCAGAAUCAUUGUAAACCGAAUAUCUUUGGACUGUUAGUCUGACAGAAUGAUGCAUUUCAGUACAUUAACUUUGGCUCUGGGAAAUUCUGUUGGACAUUUUAUAGACUAAGCAAUUAAUUUAUUUUUGUCAGUGGGCUGGGCGAGGCAUUAACGCUGGCAGGAGAACGGGUUCGAUCGCCAAAAUGCCUCGAUGGCGCUGCAGAGCGGUUUGUGUGAAGGACACGUUUGUUCGUUGUUACAUUUCUUUGCAUGCAGACACGGUACAAAGGAUGUGAAGUUGUGGUGCUGAUGCGGGUAUAAAUUAAUUACAAAGUGUUAAACACUCUGAUGCUACAGUUUGUCCGACAUGCAGCCUGCAUGGAAAACGGAGCGAAUAUUUGUACGGCAGAGAUUUAAAAGCUAAAGUCCCAAAAAAUAGAAUUGUUGUCAGACUGCUGAUGUGACUCCAGCACUGUUUACAGAUAAAGAGCAGACACAACUCACCAGGCACUAAAACCACGGUAACACUGUGGAAGAGAAGCUCAAACCAUUCAGGAGUUGGGUUCAUCGUGGUCUCACCUGCUCCAGUUUCACAGUCACAAUUCUUCACGUCAGGUGCCCAUAAGAACACUGUCUUCCUGCAAUGGUUCCUCCUGUUGGACAUGGAUCCCUUCUUAAUGUUCAUUGGACGUGAUUGAGAACAAAUCCACACUCUUUCUUCUGUGCAUAAAAAAGAUUAUCUAAAGUUAAUAUGAAGCUUUAACCAUCCGAGUUGGAGAAAUCAAGCGGAUAUUUUCCACAGUUACUAGACUGCUGAAGCCUCAUAUUAGUUUCAGAUAAGCGUGUGGAUUUUGUUCAUCACAUCCACUGACAUCAUCAUUGUUAGAUGGAUCUUUUCAAGUCUAGUGUGAACAGGAGGGGAUGAUUACAGCAAGAAAAACCUCGCUUUUAAAUGUUCAUAUGGUCACCUGAAGUAAGUUUUAACUCUUACCCUGCAAGGUAAUUGUAUAAUUUUAACACAGUGUGUAGUUCAGAGUCAUUUUCAGGAUGUCCAGAAAAACAAACAUGCAACUUGACAGUGAUGUACAGAAACGUGUCUGAUCUUUUAGUCUGAACACCUCACAACCGUUUCACAAAGGUUGCAUUUAAAGAACCGUUGUUCACAGGACUGCGUAAUAACACAGGAGUUUCUAUUUUUCUGGUUGCUCAGUACAUUAGAAAAUCAUGUUGAGUUGAAUGAUAAUUUAUAAUAAAUAAAUAAAUAAUAAAAUAAUUUUUGCUAGAACACUAAUAUUCAGCAAGAAAAUAUUUUAAUUAAAAACCUUAUCAGUCAGAUUAAACACAGGAGAGUUCUCAGCUGCCAGAAACUUAAUUUAGGAAUAAAGAAAUAAUCUGUCUUCACACCAGCUGUGAGUGAAUGCUGUCAGGACGCUAAGACCUUUACCAGCACUAAACUGUCUAUUCUUUUUUUUUUUCUUUUUUUUAUGAACCUUUGAACUGCUAAAAGUUUAAAGGAAGUCCACACAGCUGUCACUGAUGGCUGUCGAAGUUGCCCUGUGGAGGUUUCACACGGCGUCAGAUCUCAUUUAAACUGAACUGUGACUGCCACAAUAACCAACAUUUAACCACUUUUUUAUACAAACGCUUUCUGUGCCAUCUGAAAACAUUUCUUUUAAGUCAUGUACACCACCGGUCAGAAGUUUUAGAACACCCCCAUGAUUUCAGUUUGUAUGUAAAUCUAAGUAGUUCAAGUUCAGUGAAAAACCUUAAAUGGGACAAAACGUAUGCAGCAAACUGCUAAAAACAAUGUUUACGACACACAUUAAUAUUAUAUAUAAUAAAGUCCAAAUAAAGCUUCUGAGGGUGUAUUAACAGGCUGUUCCAACAUGUUUACUGUAGAAAUGUGGUUCAUUUCUUUCCACUGCUGCAGAAUAACUUGAAGUUGUUCUGAAAUUUACAUUAUUUUUCAGUUUUUCUAACCUUAACUUUGUCUUUACCUUCUUUGGUUAUUCUGCAGCAGUGGAAGGAAAUGAAGCCUUCAAACAUCUUUCUACAGCAAACAUUGUUAUUACACCCUCAGAAGCUUUAUUUGGACUUUAUUAUAUAUAUUAUUUAUAAUAAUGAAGGAAGACAGAGCGGCUGAUCAUCUGUUGAUCCUCCAGUGAAAUAAUGAACAAAACUCCUUCAUUUAAUUGUUAAUUUUAGAUCUGACAAUUUCUGUUUUGGUGACUUAAACGUUUUUUUCACUGGACUUAGAUUUACAUACGAAGUAGAAAAAUGGAGAUGUUGUAAACUUUUGACUGGUUGUGUGUGUGCAUGUGAUAUCGGCAGGGGUUGAAACAGCUCCACUUUCAGAAUUCCCAAAUGUCAAGUAAUCCCAGUUUUAGUGCCAACAAAUUCCAAAAUUUUACAUGACAACACCAAAUUAGCCAUAAACGUAUUCUUCAAAUGUAGUUUUAUCCUCACAUUUGAAAGGACGUUGUGGUAUUUAGGAGCAUUUAUUAGUCUUCAAAGUUAGAGAUCAUAAACGUCUCUGUGUAGUUUGGUCUGUGUUGGCGCUUUUCUGAGCUCUAAUCACUUACUUUACGAAUUCAUCUAAGGAAUAUUUGCUUUUUAAAGCAGCAUCAUGAAUUAUUGAAUUGGAUGGAAGUUUGGCGAGAGGUCUAUUGUCAUGUUUCAGGACAUCAAGAGUUGCUGAAGAGCCACGGACAAAAAGUGACCCACAAACCUGUAAAACAAACGAUUAGAGCCUCAGAAGAUGACGGUGUUGUUUCGUAUACAUGACGCCAUUUUUCCUCACUGUAUCUGCACAAAUUCAAACGCAUAAUUUGACGUUUUCCCACAUAGACAAAUAACUCAUUCAGAGAUGGAAUAUUCUGUCCCUCUGGCAGCUCAACACUAUAUUACAGUGCUGAUUUUAUUUUCCAAUAAAUCUGCCUCUUUCAUCGAGCUGCAGCUGUUCAAUGCUGAAGUCUUCCAGAGCCUCGCUGUUAGCUACAGGAAACAGGUUUGAACAUCACACCAGCCCAGUUGAAUUUGCCUGAAAAUGAACCACCAACCACUGACUGCUUUUUCAUAAGCCAUACUGUGUGUGUGUGUGUGUGUGUGUGUGUGUGUGUGUGUGUGUGUGUGUGUAGAAUGUAAAUGUUGAUGUGCAUAAUUUUUCUAUACGAUGUGCUUGUAUGCAAUGUGAACAAUUGACAUUGAAUGUCAGUAAAGGGAAUGUACCACAACA